AUGGCCGAAAUUCUAGCCCUCGUAGUAAGCGGCGUCGGCGUCGCAGGCCUCGCACUCCAGCUCGCUGAAUCCGCAAAGAAGCUUAAUGACCUGGUCGAGCGCAUCGACGAUGAACCACUGCAUCUCAAACGCCUUGUCGAUGAUAUCGAUGUCACUAGCAAGCUCAUCAGCGCCCUACACGCAGAAGUCACGCGACAGAUAGUAGUGGACACGGAAGUCUUAAAGCAAUGUGAAGGUUUGUGUCAGAGUAGUAUCGGCAGCGUACGUACCACACUAGAAGACUUGGAUCAGCAGAUGCAAUACAAACGUUUCCGGACAUCGAUCAAGCUGGUAUGGAAGGAUGGGAAGCUUGCAAGAAUUCUGGAACAGCUCAAGAGCUGCAAAACGGAUCUUGGCAUAGCUCACUCUUUGUACUCUGCUGCCUGUCAAAGACAUGCGCUGCGGAACAGCUUCAGCCUAGUCAUGAUGCAGCAGCAGACGAUCAACGAUCUGCAACAGACAUCGAUUCUGUUCCAGACUAUGCAGCUCCAGAUGAAAGAGCAGAUCCAGCAUGGUCGUGCGGAGAUCCUGCAGCAAGUGCAGACCGUCGAGAGCAGGAUGUUGCGACGGACACACCAGUGCGAUCUUCUUGUCAUCCAGCAACUGCAACACUCCUCUCCGGUACUGACAAAUAUGGAUGAACUGAUCCCGUUGUCGGGAGCCGCAAGCUAUACGUCCGCGCAUGUUGCGUACGCAUCACGGCAGAGAACCUUGGCCAAGCUCGCCCGGUGGCUGCGUCGCUAUGAGAUACAUUGUGUCAGGCUUGAAUUCCAAGCAUUACGGCUUGUGAUGAAGAUCAAAAGUGAAGCACUGCCACGCCAACUGCCGCCAUUACCAUAUUUCACGGCUUCGAACGCAGAGCUUAGCACCCUGCGGUCGAAUUGUAUGAUUUUGGUCGCAGCUGCGUUCCACUGCUUAAGGAAAGGAAGGUUCGAUCUUCUUUCAACAGAGGUCACCCACCUCCAGGCAGAGAUGAGACAGGCUGCUGCCCAGGACACAGCGAAACCACUUUGGCACGCGAUGGAUGAAGCCAGAGAUAGGGUUCGCCUUGACGCUGGACCAGGGAAGGAUAAGCGAGAUUACGACCUGAUAGAGAUAGUACAUGUAGCCAGGAGCCCAGCCUCCGCGUCCGUUGCGGCGUCGAAUGCUAUCAGUGGCGAAUGCUACGAGAUAGUGGAAUUGUUGAGACGUCUCUUCGAGACCCUGUCGGUCCUCUCGAUCGACUCGUGCCAGAUAAAGGAUCCUCAAGGCAACCUCUUCAAAACGUUAGAUUGGUUACGAGAGUUGCCACGAUAG